CCUGGAGUCCCGGGAUCGAGUCCCGCAUCGGGCUCCCUGCUCGGCGGGGAGUCUGCUUCUCCCUCUGACCCUCCCCUCUCUCAUGUGCUUUCUCUCAUUCUCUCUGUCUCAAAUAAAUAAAUAAAUAAAUCUUUAAAAAAAAAAAAAAAAGAAUAUCUACCAGAGUGGUGAAACAUUGAGUCUGGCAUCAGUGAGGAACACUAGAAGUAACCCCUAGGCCUGAAGGGGCCAGGGAAGGAAGGGUUACAAGAACCCAGAAAGAGCUGUAACUAGCUGUAGUUGGAGGAAAGGGCCACCCAGCAGGGUCUGUGGCCUCUGGUAACCACAGGAGUGAGUCCAAGAGACACAACAGAAGAGUUGCUAGUUCAACCCACAGAACCAGGAGAAAGAAUACAUUGUUUUUUUUAAACUACCAAAUUUUUGUCAUCAUUGUUGUUGUUUUUAAGUAAUCUCUAUGCCCAACGUGGGCUCAAACUCAUGAUCCUGAGACCCAAAGUUGCAUGCUCUACAGAUUGAGCCAGCCAGGUGUCCCUGGAACCCAUACUUUUUAAAAAAUAAUUUAUCUAUAUUUUAGAGAGCGAGAGCAUGAGAAGGGGGAGGGGUAGAGGGAGACAGAACGGGAGAGAGAAUCUCCAGCACACUCCCCACUGAGCGCAGAGCCUGACACAGGGCUCGAUCCCAGGACCCCAAGAUCACCACCUGAGGUGAAACCAAGAGUUGGUCACUUAACCAACUGAGUCACUUAGGUGCCCCAGAACCCAUACUUUUGAUAAAACAUAGUAAAAAUGUUUUCACUUUUCAUAGAGAUACUUAAAACAGUUUCCUGAGAGCAUUUAAUCUUUAUUUUGUCUCAGUUGUUUGAGACAUAGCAAAAUAUAUGAUGCUGUCUCUAGAAAUUUUAUUCCAAGCCCAUUUACCUGCCAUUAGGAUAGUUUACUUUCUUUAGUUGAUCCUAUAUUGGCGAUCUUUGUAUAUCUGUGAUCUUUACAAAGUAACCAUUUAUGCAUUACUCUCUAAGGUGAUUGAUAUUUAAUAAACAAAUAUCUUGGUCCUGAGGUGUGCAGGUCUUGUGGAUUGGCUCACUGAACAUUUAUUCUUUUUUUUUUAACACUGUCUUUUGUUUUUAGGAUUUUAUUUAUUUAUUUAACAGGGAGAGAGAGAGAGAGAGUGAAAGAGCACAAGCAGGGGGAGCAGCAGGGAGAGGGAGAGGGAGAAGCAGGCUCCCCACUGAGCAAGGAGCCUGACAUGGGGCUGGAUCCCAGGACCCUGGGAUCAUGACCUGAGCUGAAGGCAGGCACUUAACUGUCUGAGCCACCCAGGCACCCCUGAAUCACCUUCUCUUUUGCCUUCCUUUAUUACUGAGGGUAGAAUUUAUUCCUAAUCACCUUCUCUUUUGCCUUCCUUUAUUAUUGAGGGUAGAAAAGAAAAUGCUAAAAUUUCUGGGCUCCCUUACAGCUAAAGAUGGCCAUAUAAUAGUUCGGUUUGAGGAGAUGUAGGUGAAAAUCUGCUGUGAGAUUUUCUUUUCCUGUAUAAAAAGAAAAAGCCACAAGAGGAAGAAGCCCUUUGUCUUAGCCCUUUUGCUUUCCUCCUGAUUGAAAACAAGAGAAUUUGAGAAUGAUUUAAUAAAGAACCUAUUUACAAAGGUGUAGGGAAACCACAGGGGUACAGCAGUACCCUAAGGUGAGUAUCAGAGAAGCUGUCACCAAUAUAGGCUGGAAGCAACUAGAAACAGAACAAGAGAUGUGUGUGUGUAUGGGGGGAGGUAUUGGAGGAGUGACUUGAGGGGUGCUAGGACCUUCAGUGGGGGUCACAGAUACUCUCCCCACUCCAUCUGACCUUCUGUGAGGGCUUCCCUUAGGCUGAACUCUGCUGGGAUCCAGGGGGCAAGGUCUGCCUCCUGGAACAAAUCUAGGUGGAAAAGAAUAGAGAGUUAAUCUGGGAAGAAAAACAGCGCAAAAGGCAUCUCACUUAUCUUUAUAUCCAUACUGUGCAACAGGUGGUGCGAGUAUCUGGUACAAAGUAGAAGAUGAAUAAAUUUUUAUUGAAUUUCAUUGAAUAUAGUUCUUUGUUCUACCCUGCAGUGCUUAAGACCCAAUCUGGAUUCUCCACCAACCUCACUCAGGCCAAAUAAUUCAACAUAAAAUUGCUGGUCUGCAAGGAACUUCCUUUAACCAGUUGAAAAGCUAUUUGGGUCCCUUUCUGAGGCCAGAGUAAGUGGCUCGUUGAAACAACUUUUGUAUAUUUGGACUUUCUAAAGCAUUAGAUAGUUCCACAGUUAUACAAAGCCUGUCUUCCAGUACAGUCUAACUGCUACAUACCCACUUCAUCAGGCCCUUCCAGAAGAACUACCUUCUGUGUUCUAUCUGUAUGGCUAAGUCUCAGUUUCCACAUCUGUAAGAUAAGGGUGAUAAUAACUACCCAUCAUUCAAGCCUCAGGUACAAAUGUCACCUCCUCAGGCUUUCUAGGAUACCAUAUAAAAGAAGAGGCGUACCACACCCCAUUACUCUCUAGUCCAUUAAUACCUUGUUUUUUUUUUCCCACUGCAGUUAUUACUUUUUUAUUGUAGUUUAUUUAUUGUUUAUUUGUAGAUUGUUGGUCUUCUCCCAAAAGAAUACUUGCUCCUUGUGAGCAAAGACCUUUUCUGUGUUGUUUGCUGCUCUAUUCCCAGCAUCAAGAAGGGUGCAUGGGGUAUGAUGGUUGUUUGAUAAAUAUUUGUAGAUGAAUGGAUAAAUAAUACCAAUUACCAACUUUAGGGCUGUUGUGAAUAUUAAAUGAGAUAACAAUGAAAUGCACCUGGCGCAAAGUAGAACUCCAUAAACCUAGCUGUUUUCUUUCUUCUUUUUCCCUCCCUCACCUGCUAUAUCCAAUCCUUUAGCAAAUCAGAUUGACUCAGCCUCAAAAUGUAUCCAAAAUUCUCUACUUCAUUCAUCUCUGCCACUCUAGUCAAGCCCCCUUCACCUCUCACCUGGACUACAAGUAAGUCUCCUAGCUGAUCUCCCUUCUUCCCCUCUUGCUCUUGUCCCCCUCAUUCUUCACAAUGAGAGAAAUUUAUUUAUUUAUUUUUAACCAGGGAAAACUUUUAGAAACACAAUUCAGAUAUUCAGAUCAUCAACGGCUUUCUGGGUACCCAAACUUCUUUACAUGGCCUGGCCCCUGCCAUCCUCUUAGACUUCAUCUGCUUUAGGUCCACACACACACUCUCUCUCCCUCCCUUUCUCCUGGAAUUUAACAGAUUUAUUUUCAUCGUAGCACCCAUAGCACUGAUGGAUUCUUCUGUCAGAACUUUGUGCUCGCUGGCUCCUUAUUGUCUUUCAGACCUCAAUUUACUUAUUUAUUUAUUUAUUUUUAAAGAUUUUAUUUUUAUUUAUUUGACAGAGAGAGACACAGUGAGAGGCAACACAAGCAGGGGGAGUGGGAGAGGGAGAAGCAGGUUUCCCGCCGAGCAGGGAGCCCGAUGCGGGGCUCGAUCCCAGGAGUAUGGGAUCAUGACCUGAGCUGAAGGCAGACGCUUAACGGCUGAACCACCCAGGCGCCCCUAGACCUCAAUUUAAAUAGGGAUUCCUUUGAGAGGAAGUAUUACUAAUCUAAUGUGGCCAUUUCUUAUUAUACCACCUUUUAUAUCACUUAAUACCAUCUAAUAUUUCCUUGUUUAUAUGUUUGUCUCUUCCAACUCGGUUUUAAGCUUUGUGAGCACAGAGACGUCUGUCACGUUCUUCGCUCUAUCCCCAAAGCUAGAACAACACCUGAAACACAUAGUAUAUGCAUAAUAAAUAUUUGUUGAAUAAAUUAAUGCAUUGAUCAUGAUGAUGACAACAAAACUUCAGACGACCUGGCCACAAAUUCUAACGACUUGUCUCAAGAAUAAGAAUCGCAUUUCCGAAGAUCCUGGUAGACUGUGGAAAUCGACAAUAAAAGAUCUGGGGCCAAAGUCUGGGGGAAGCAGAGGUAAUAUAUUGGAAUUUGGGCCUUUUCCCCCCAUCCAAGGCUCUCAGAGACCUCGCAGAAGGGAAGCCUAGAAUCUUCCGAGAAGAAAUUCCAGCCCAGCCACAACGAAUAUUUUUCCAUCCACGAUUCUUCGCAGCCACUUCUGCUAGGUUGAAAAUGCGCAAACACCUCUAGGACCCCGGGCUCCUUUCUGUUUCUUUAUGAAUGAACCGGCUCUAGUCUGCGCAGGCGCAGCUCCUGGUUCUCCUGCUCCACGUGAGGCCCACCCUUCCCUCCCGCUGGCGGCCCCGCCCUUAUUCUUUCUAAUGAACCAAUGGCGAGCGGCCUGGGGGGCGGAGCCCGGAGCGGCGCGGCACUGUAGAUCCCCCGGCGCCCGGCUCCCUCGCGUUAGUCUUGCUGUGUUGUGAUCACGUGGCCAGCUCCGGGCGCGGCGCUUGUUUUGGUUUCCCUCUAGCUUGUCCCUGGCAGCUUCGGGGUGAGCGACUUUGCUGUGCCGGUUGCUGCGCCUGCCUUACACUCUGAUCUCCUCUUCUUAGGGCUCUUUCAGCCCGCAGUUCGGCAAGCCCCUCGGGGCCGGCUACUGCCAUGCCGCUAGUUCGCUACAGGAAGGUGGUCAUCCUCGGGUACCGCUCUGUAGGGAAGACAUCUUUGGCACAUCAGUUUGUGGAGGGCGAGUUCCUGGAAGGCUAUGAUCCUACAGUGGAGAACACUUACAGCAAGAUAGUGACUCUUGGCAAAGAUGAGUUUCACCUACACCUGGUGGACACAGCAGGGCAGGAUGAGUACAGCAUUCUGCCCUAUUCAUUCAUCAUUGGGGUCCAUGGUUAUGUGCUUGUGUAUUCUGUCACCUCUCUGCAUAGCUUCCAAGUCAUUGAGAGUCUGUACCAAAAGCUACAUGAAGGCCAUGGGAAAACUCGGCUGCCGGUGGUGCUAGUGGGAAACAAAGCAGAUCUCUCUCCAGACAGGGAGGUCCAGGCAGUUGAAGGGAAGAAGCUGGCAGAGUCCUGGGGUGCGACGUUUAUGGAGUCAUCUGCUCGAGAGAACCAGCUGACUCGAGGCAUCUUCACCAAAGUCAUCCAGGAGAUUGCCCGGGUAGAGAAUUCCUAUGGGCAAGAGCGCCGCUGCCGGCUCAUGUGAGCCCUCAGGCAUUGGGUAGCUGCCUUGAUUCUGCCCCUGGCACUUGCCAGGCUCCAGUGGGUGUAGGCCCUUAGGACUUCACGGGUAUGGUUGCCAGCUGUGUCCCCGGUCCUCUGGUCACACAGUGUGGUACCCUCAUGUUUGCACACUUUUCCAGGCUCUAGUGGCCUGGUUGUCAAUGUUUACAAUGGGGCAAGGAUGUCUCAUGGGACUGGCCUCUAGUCCUCUGUUUUUGCUACAUGAAUUGUUAUAACCUGCAGGGUUGGGAUAUGAGUCCGAAGCAUUGUUUAUUUAGGACCCUGUCUUCUGUGCAGGUUUUGGGCGUUGGCUGGGUGAGGGGAGCUGGGGAUUCCUGAAGUGGAGCUUGCUCCCUAGGGUGACAAUGUAUAUAUGCAAAUAAACUGAGAAAUCUUUUUGUCGCUGGCUUCUCUGUAUGUGGGGAGAGCUCAGGGCCAAUAUCUCCUUUUCCAAUGAGUGGUGACUGUGACUUUUGGUGGGGAAUAAGGGCUAACUCUUUCCCCCCACUUCAUUCCUAUUCCUUGCUCCUCACUCAUUCAGGAGGACCAUUACCCUAAGACUUACUCCUUAGUUUUUCUCACCUUUCUUUUCUGCUAGGUUCUCCUACACAGGUACCAGUUGGCUGCCACUCCAUCCAAGAUUGUAGACAGCUCAAGGUCCCCUUAACUACAGAAACACCACCCUCUAGUGGCCAGCUGCUGCAUGCUGACCUAGCUUCCCUCUUGGCCUUGGCAUUCGCUGGCACUCAGAGAGACGCUAAGGUUUGGGGAGGAA